AUGGCAGAGUUUGAUGAACAGCACAGCAGAGUUCCCGAGUCGGUAUUCUUGGCCGUGCUCUGGACUCUCACAGGGUUAUCGCUUAUAUUCCUUGUUUUCCGCAUAUAUGCCCAAUUUGCCUCAUUCCGUCGAUUAUUCCUAGAUGAUUUCCUCGUUAUAUUCGCAUGGGUCAUUAUACUCACAGCCGCAGUCAUCUGGCAAGUUGAGGGAAAGGUGCUUUACGAGUUAUACGCUAUCAGCGCUGGCCUAGAGCUAUUCACUCUUGAGUUCCUUCCUCAAUACAAUAAAUUUAUGCGUUUCAACGCUCCAUUUGAGAUACUCUUCUAUUCCGCCCUGUGGAGUGUCAAAUUCUCAUUCAUGACACUUUUCUACCGAAUCAGUGCCAAGUUGAAGUAUCUCCGUAUCUGGUGGUUUGUGGUUUUUUUCUGCACAGCGAGUGUCUACGUCGCAUCUGUGGCCGAUAUCGAAUACAAAUGCAGCUUUGGAGGGAUACAGUAUAUCAUCACUCAAUGUCCCCAGCCUCACCACGUCCAUUACGAGAAUCGCAUGUUCUGGGCUAAUUGUGCCGGGGAUGUUAUCACGGACUUGAUGAUCCUGUCUAUCCCAUUCAUUUUGCUAUGGAAAACGAAAAUCUCGCUUCGUAAAAAGCUCGUUCUGCUAAGUAUUUUCUCUGCAACCAUCUUCAUCAUGAUCGUCGCCAUCAUCCGGGUAGCCGUCGGGAUGACCUAUGACCGUCAAAUAAAUAUUGACUGGUUGUGUUUUUGGAGCUUUGUCGAGGCUGAUGUCGCCAUUAUUGUCUCCUGUGUCGCCUCUCUACGACAGCUCUUCGUCGCCUCCCAGAACCAGAGCUCAUCUGCGAGGGCUGCUUAUCAUAUUACGACUGACCCUGUUAUAAAAAAGUCAAAAGAGGAGUCUAGCCAAGCUUUGGCUCCAUCUGUCGGAGAUGUUGAAUCGCUCACAAAUGAUGAGGUUCCCAUAUCGCCAUUGAGCGUUGUACAUGUCCGUCAAGAUUUUGAAGUGACUCGCGAUGAUGCAAAUCAGUCUGCUUCUGGCGAGAAGAAAUGCAGACACCAGACUAUUUUCUUUGCGAGUGAGCUCGAGUCUUUCUGGAUGAGCCGUGUUGAACUCCACGCGUAUGGCUCACGAGAUAGCCAGGCUCUCACCCCUUUGGCUUCCGAUUCCGCCCCUAAAAUCCGCUGGCUAGAACUUCCCGAUCGCAUGAAACGGUCUUAUCUCUAUCGCAAGAUUCAACUCCACAAUCAAAGCCGGACUGUGUGGUCAACCCUGGUUAAGGAGAUAAUUGACCUCCCGAACCAGAGAACAAUUGACGAAACGGAGACCCUUAUCAACCAGCUUAUCGAUGCAUGUUUAUGUGGCGAAUUCAGUGGAUGCAAGUACCUACUAGACCCUGAUCAGUAUACAAUUCAUAUCGAAGAUCCCUCUUCCCACCAUCUCGGUAUAAUUCCCCUGAGCUGUGAGGGAUUCGAGACAACUUUGAGAUACGCACUAGCGACAAGUGCCAUCCAAAGUGGUGACUGUAGGCAACUACAGAUACUACUAGAUCAAGGAAUCAAACUCGACAAAUACAGCAACCGACUGGCCGUUGUUCCGCUGGAUAUUGCUGCCAAAAAGGGGUCUGGGCCGAUCAUAGAGUUACUUUUAGCGAACCAUUGUCCGAUGAAGUACCUCAGUGCUUGGGAUAAUCGCUUGUGGUAUUGGGGCAUAUCUUAUACCAAGGUUUCGGACGUUAUGGCCGUAAGUGGCAAUGACCGUGGGUUAUCUGUGUGGAUUGAGCACAUGAUAAAGGAGGGACAAAUAUAUCCAAAGUUUUUGAGGCGGACCAUGACCAGGGCAGUUAUAGGUGGACACAUUAAAGUCAUUGAACUUGUUCAGGAGAAGUAUGAAGCCCUGUACGGCAACCCUAGAUGGGAUGCUCACAUGCUUGUGAAGGCCAUCAGGUAUGGGUCAUUGGAUGCGAUUAGGUACCUCUUCCGUCGGGGUCAGGUGGAUGUCAACACGCGAACGAAUCCGUCGGACAGGGCGCUUCUUCCACGUCUACUCUAUAAUGGCCGAAGGAAUAGGAGAUCAGAUAUUGUCAAUUUUCUUCUUGAAAACGGGGCGGAUCCAAAUGGAAACGAGCCGCCGAAGAAAAAAACGCCCUUCGAAGUGGCAGUCAGGGUACGAGAUUAUGAAUCUGCCACGGUUCUACUAAAGCAUAGAGCAACUGUCAACUUCAAAAGAAUGAUGCCUUUGUUACUCGGGAUUACCGGGAAUGCCGAUGUCACUGCCGCAUUUCUUCAGUUGCUGUGGCCAGGCGGGAGCAAUUGCCGAACGUACAGGUCAGAAGGAAGGUCGUAUACGCUUGCUCCCGAUGCUCGUGAUGCGAAGACAAUACGCAAUAUUGAGAAUGUUUUCUUGGACUUGGGCUGGAGCGAGCAGGAGGUAAAAGCAGUGGAGAUUAAACAUUUCAUCGAUGUGUACAGGAAGUGA